AUGACGUCCACCAGCUCCGGCCCCAGCACUGUUGGCCAGAGCUUGGGCACCCAGCAGCGCGCGGGGAGGUACCUCGACGUGCUGUGCAGCGACCCCGCCCAGGCGCUGAUCGCGGCCUUUGUCGGCACAGCAACAGGCACAGGACCAACACACAAUACCGGCGUUGACAACACCACCACACAGCAAGACAGGGUUGCCGUCGGCCUGGCUGUGUUCAAUGCCUUCCUGCAGGCCAACGUGACUGGCCCUGUGUUGGAUGUUGCCGGCGUGCACCGCGUCGACGACUCUUUUUUGAAGGCACAGCUGCUGGUCCUGCGCAGGGCCUGCCUCACGUCGCUCGACGUCGACGGUGUGUCGGUCUAUCCCCACAUCCCGCACAUUGAGCUCUUUUGCCUCGCGCGCUUCAUCUUCACUGCCGGCUUGGUUUCAAGCAUUGACGCUGCUGACAACGCCGUCGAGGGUGCCGAAACGUCGCUGCAGUGGCUUGCCCUGCGCAUCCACGUCUGGCACUACAAGCUUUUGACGCAGCCGAGUCUCGGCCCGGGAUCUGUUUUUACCAAGGGAGCCCAGUGGAGCGAUCUGCCCAGCCUGCACGACACCAUCGAGCAGGGUCUCGCGUCGGUCGAAAAGGAGGUCGUCACCGGCUCCGACGGGUCGCGAUGGAGCACCCGCUCGCAGGCCGAGCUCAUGGUUGAGAAGGCCAACGUCUGCAUCAUGUUAGGCCAGGACCUGAGGGCUAAAGAGACCCUGCGUCAGGCAACCGAGCUGAGCGGCCUGGCCUACGCCGUGUCCGGCGCCCUGGGAAAGCGGACCAAGUUCCAGCAGAGUAGCACAAGCCAGCUUGUCGUGCUGGCCAAGAGCCGCGACGCCGAGGCCGGGCAAAAGGAGGCGGAUGAAGCUCAGAAGGCGAAGCCCCAGGCUCUCGCCCUCAACGACGACACCCUGCUCGAGAGUUUGCAGUUCACAAAGGAGGAGACAGAGACCGGGGAGGUCGGAAACACGAGCGCACUUCCCGCCGCCCUGAAGGAUCUGCUCCCCGACGAGCAGCCGCAGCUCUCGCCGCUGGACCAGAUCAUCUUGCUCACCGAGGCUACGCUGAAAGACUCCUUCUCGCCCGCUGACUCGCUGACAUCGGAGGAGAUUCUGCCGUAUGCCGUCCGUGUCAUAUCCGACAAGUCAACAAACUGGCAAAUCUACACGCAAGCGCUCCUGGUCCGGUCGAGAAUCGAAAUGCACAGGAGCCGCACUAUCGAGAGGGGUGUAAUGCAGCUGCAGGCCAUCGUGGACCAAGUCGUCGUUGACACAACAGCGGCCGCGCCAGAAGUGGGAGCCCAGACCGCGCCCGCCUUGUCCGACACUGCCAUCCCGUCGAUUCAAGUCACAGCCGAUGGCGAAUCUGGGAGCAAAAAGGAGCCGGCUCCUGUGGUGAACAAGCCAACCUCGUUCUUUCCCGCACCGAAACCGUCCGAGUCAGCCUCAGCUCCUGUCAGGCUGCAGUACAUUCAUGUGUUGAGCUCGCCGCCCCGUUGGCAUCUGGAGUCCGAGCUCGCGUACUCCUGGGUCGGCGUGGGGUCUCUGAUCUCUGCCCUCGAAAUCUUCAAACGGUUACGGCUAUGGGCCGAGGUUGCGCUGUGUUUGGCAAGCAGCGCAGCGAGAAGCGAAGAAGACGGCCGGGGAAGCAGCGACGAGGCCAGGGCUAAAGCCGUCCUCCGCUGGCGGCUUUUCCGCAAGACCGGCUCAUCCCAAGAGCAGACCAGCUCAGACGAGGAGCUGGACGUGAACAUUGAUAUCUUGCAGCUCCGGGAGGCCGACUACCAUGGCCCAGAGCGCCGCCCGCCGCCUCACAACGCGCCCCGGCUUUUUUGCAUCCUAGGUGACAUUAACAAUGAGCCGGCCCACUACGAGCGUGCCUGGGAUGUUUCAAAACAGCGGUUCGCGCGGGCACAGCGGUCGCUGGGCGAGUACUACAUCAAGCAGCAAGAUUUGGAGAAAGCUAGGGAAGCCUACCAGAAAGCCAUCGGCGUAAACCGUCUUAGCUCUGAAAUGUGGAACCGCCUCGGUGAUAUCAAUCUGCGUCUCGGAAACUUUUCAGAAGCAGCCGACGCAUUCGGGAGGGCUAUCGCGUCCUCGGAUAAUACGGCGGGCGGCGACGAUUCCCGCACCUGGAGUAACCUGGGCAGCGCGCUUUACAGCUUAUAUAUUGAGCGUGUGAAGGAAGCCAGGAAAGAGAAAGACGAGCAGGAGAGGGAAGGCGAACGGGAAGAAGAUUCAAACAACGCAGUUGACGACUCGAUAUUAGUGUCGCAGACAACACCGCCGCGACAGGACCCGGCAACGCUUCUCUCACAGUCACUGGCGGCAUACAAACGCGGCGCGUCCGCGGCGCACGACAACUGGCGCAUCUGGGACAACGUGAUCACGCUCGGCUCGCGGCUGCGUCCGCCCGCCGUGUCCGACAUUGUCCUGGCCCUGCAGAACGUCAUCCGCAUCCGCAGCUCCGAAGACGCGCUUGACGUCGACGUGCUGCGGCUGCUGCUCAACGAGGCCGUGCUCUCAAAGCCUAAGCCGGGUGACACCGCCGACGGCGCCACCGGCGUCUUCGAGCCCCCGCGCGGCACCACAGAGCGCGCCGUGUGCGAGCUGAUCGAGAAAGAGGUCGUGCCGCUAAUCACAGCGCGCUCAGAGCUUUGGGAGCUCGUCGCCCGCGAGCGCGUCUGGAAGCGCGACUACGUCGGCGUCAUCGACGCUGCCGAGCGCGCGUGGCGUGCCGCUGUGGGCAGUGCCGGCGGCGGCGGCGGCGGCCUUCUUCCGGCGUCUGGCGGCAGUAGCGGGAAGAACUGGAUCGAGGACAAGGAGGCCUGGCUGUCCGUGGUCGCGCGCACCGACGAGCUCGUGUCGGCGCUUGAGAACUACGGCCCCGAGGCUCCUGAGAUCGGCACCAGGUGGAAGGGCAGGGCCCGGAGCGCUAUCCGCAGCGUGCUCGGUAAGGCGAGGGAGGCCUGGGAGGGCAGUCAAGGGUGGGAGCAGCUGCAGGCGUUGCUGGAGGGGUUGAAGUAG